GCCCCUCCCCUCCCUCCCCUCGCGCGCGCAGGGCCGCUGCGGCGCGGUGAGGCGCGGGCGGCGGCGGCGGCUCUGACAGCGCCGUGGGGCGCGGCGCCCCCGGACCCUCUGCGGGCGCUCGGGGCGGCGGCGGCCGAGCUCGCACCUUGCGGCGGCGGCCGAGCUCCCCGCGCCGCCGAGGCCGGCGGACCGGCGGCAGGAAGCGCAGCUCCCCCUGACGGCGGGGCCGCCGGUGGCCCAGCGCUGCUGUCAGCCGGGCGGGCGCCCGCGGCUCCGGAGACCCCCUCGGCAGCGCGGCGCCCGGCGCCACCCCGGUACAUGGAUUACCUGAAACUCAUAGUCCAUCCACAGCCUCUCUGGGUGACUGCAGAAGACAUAGAAUUGUGGAAUCACAAGAGAUUGGAAGUUGAGCGAGUUGAGGACUAUGUCUGAAUGUAUCCAGCUCUCAUUUGCUGUUUGUAGAAUUGGCAUUUACACGGUCCCAGCAAAGAACCAGAAGUGGAAUGAAGUGCAAGAGUAAACAGAAGCAGCAGCAAGUUGUUUAGGGAGAAGGAAAGAAUAUUCCUUCCCGUACCCCCAUGGUGGAAGUGUGGAAUGAAUGCUCAAAACAGGUGUUUCAGAGCGCUUUGCUGCAAGGGACCGCCACCACCACGACCUGAAUAUGACUUGGUUUGCAUAGGCCUCACUGGUUCUGGCAAGACAAGUCUUCUAUCACAGCUUUGCAGUGAAAGCCCAGAUAAUAUAGUCUCUACCACAGGUUUUAAUAUAAAAGCGGUGCCAUUCCAGAAUGCCAUCUUGAAUGUAAAAGAACUUGGAGGGGCUGACAAUAUCAGGAAGUACUGGAGUCGUUACUACCAAGGAUCCCAAGGGGUAAUAUUUGUAUUAGACAGCGCCUCCUCUGAAGAUGAUCUAGAAACUGCUAGGAACGAACUGCAUUCUGCUCUCCAGCACCCACAGUUAUGUACGUUGCCGUUUUUAAUACUGGCCAAUCAUCAAGACAAACCGGCAGCUCGCUCCAUACAAGAGAUAAAAAAAUAUUUCGAACUUGAGCCACUUGCACGUGGAAAGCGCUGGAUUCUUAAACCCUGCUCCUUGGAUGAUAUGGACGCAGUAAAAGACAGCUUCUCCCUUCUAAUAAACUUGCUAGAAGAGAGAGACUUCGAACCUUCAAGAAUGUGAAACACAAAGAGAGAAGAGUGGUUCUCUAGGCAUCACUGUACCUGCACAUUCUGUUCACAGCGUAAUUAUGUUGUAAUAUCAAGACUGUGCUGUGAUAUGUUGUUCAUACACAGAUAGUGCAGAAUGUCCCUUUGCUAAAAUAAAUAUUCUGUGAAUCAAGUACACAACUAUUUCCAGUAAAGUUGUCUACACUACUGAAAUAGGAAGUUCCUCUUUGUUUACCACUAUUUCUGCAUACUGCGUGUUGCUGUCUUGGAUUGCGAUCAUUCUUGACAGGAAAUUUUACACACACAGAAAUGAUGUAGUCUGUAAAGGAGAAAUUAUACAUGCUACCUUUGUUUUUUAAAAAAAAACAACCAAUGUCUUAAGGAUUUGUGAGACUAAUUUAUAUUAGCUCGUUUACUGACCCCAUGGUAUGGAAAAGCACAGCCACUGAAAACCUUAAUAGGAUACUUUGAAGGCAAGUAGUUUCAUGUUAAUGCAAAGGCUACUCCUAAGUGUUACUAAAUGAAAACAUAGUUGACAAGUUACAGCAUAUCUUACCAAAGGCAGAACUGUUAUUUUGCUGGAAGUUUUCUGAAAGGUAAAUUAGCAAACAUAAUGUGCACGUAACAGUAUUUGGAGAAAAUAGGGGAUGUUAAUAGGUGGUCUAAGUAAAAAUAUUAUUAGAAAACAGAAAGUUGGAUAAAGUAAUAAUUUGCAUUGAAAGUAGUUUUCCAUAAGAGAAGCAAAGCAAAUGUCUUUUAAUUCAGCUGUGGAGGCUUUAUUACUAGUUAGAAGUGUUACUGAUUUUAAGUAAGGAUUGCUUACUUUAUCACUCAUUCAUAGACUACUGUUAUCAUAACAUUGUCAAGGCAUCUAUACCAUAAUUAAGGGCCUUCCAGUGUUUGUAACUAUAAGCUGCUCUUUUCAAGUGAUUAUAACUUGUUCUUUGUAACUUCCUCUGGGCUAAAUGUUACUUAGAAGACAAAAAAGUAUUCAUUGGAAACGACAUUUGUGAUACAUUUGGAAAAAUCCCAUUCGGUUCCAGUAACAUUGCAUCCAGUAACAGUGCAUAUUUUCUCUUUCCCAUUUUUCCCCACUGUAGGACUGCAGUUCUUUGGCUGCGUUUUGUUGGUUUUUAAAGAACUUGUAAACCAAUUUUGUCCUUUAAAGAAAUGUGCCAGGUCACUGGUUCACCCUUAAGUCAGUCACAACAGGGUAUGAGCGGAUCAGUUACUGGACUGAUCCACACCUUGAAUGUUGUGCCUUGUGCAUUCAGCUACCCCCGUGCAUGAGCAUCUGCAAACACAAACUGUAGUGGUGUGUUAGUGGUUCCUCAUCGAUUCUGCUUGUUUUGAAGCUCAUAAUUCCUUUUUUUCAGGGCUUUAAGCAACAUAUCUUUUCAUGCAAAAGCUUGCUUUCUUGGGUUUUUUUGGUUUUUUUUUUUAAGUUUGAAGUUUAUUGUGGUUUCUCAGUAGUUUAUUUGGAAAUAUGGAAAUAGCAAGGACCAGCUUUUAAAGGCUUAUAAAAGCCAUUUCUCUAUUACUUGCAAUUACACUCUAUGUUAAACAACGUUUUUAAUAGGCUUUUUGUUUAAUUUUCAAUUUCCAUGGAUUUCUUGCAUUGCUCCCUCAGAAUUGUUUCUGCCCGAAUGCAUGGCCUGGUGAUCACUUUUUUAACUUGCUUCCUAUUAUCAGAAAGAAGCUGGAAAAACUAGUAAGCUCCUUGUUUAAUUUUGUGGUAGAAUAGGCAGAAAGCCUGAAGGGCAUCUGUUUUUUGCCUUGUUUUUCUUCUCUUUCCUGAUAGGUCAGUCACCUCACUCCUAAUACUCAGAAAUACCCAAGAACUGGAAUUGUUCACUUUAAAACACAGAAAGGAGCCCUACGUUGGUUUGGUUCUCUCUGCACAAUUUAGAUUGGACCCAGCUUCCUAUCCAUUUCUCUUGUGUGGGAUAAGGAGGCUCCUUUCCCUGGAUAUAAGAGGAACUGGAUCUAAUUUACAAAUCCAAACUCUGUUUUAGCUGACAUGAGCUUGGAGGCUGCAGAGUCCCCAGACUUCCACAAGGUCCCCAGGUUUCUGUCCUGUUUAGGGACAAUGGCAAAUAAGAAGUGGUAGAGAGGAGUGAGAGAAUUAUUUCCCAGAGAAGGCAGGCAGUUUGGGGAGGCAAAAAGAGGGAUUCAGAGCUUUUACUGUUUUUUUCAUUGAGCAUUAGUUAGAAGAUGACACUCUGAGGUUUUUUUACUAUUUUCCCCCUUAUUUUGCAUAUUAAAGUUAUGGACCAAAAGGUACAGCAAAUGAAAAUAAGCCCAACCAUAUUGUUCUUAAAACCAUACUUACUGAUACCAUCAAUGAGUCUGGUCCAAAACCUUCGAUUUCUGAGUUACAUUUUGGCCAUGAUUUCCCACUAUGCACUGUCAGAGGGUGCUACGAGACUUAACACGGAAAAAGCCCAAGUAGUCAAUGAGAACAUGGCUUUGGCAUAUGACAGUGGCCAAUUAGAACAGGAGCUUUUGAUGCGUAAUGCUUUUUCUUCAGGAAAAUGCCUGCUGCACAGGAACAGUGAUUAUUACUAUUUUUCAGAAUAAUUUUGGAUAUGCUUUUUCUUAGUAAUACAGUGAUCAUUCCUCAUCACAGGUUGAAACAAUACCUCAUAACUGCUUAAGGCUAAGACCAACGCUUAACUUUACUUUGAAUGUAGUUCUUCUGUGGUUUUGUGUUGUGGAUGGAAUUAAUAGAUGUGUACCUUUUUAAUGUCUAUAAACACAUGCACCUUUUUAUGGAGGAAUUUAAAAUGUUCAUAGCAGCUCAAGUCACACUUCCUUGUCUGGAAUGUCGUUGAAUGCUCUGGCUGUGAUAGUAUAUGUAAGCACCAUGCUGUUUUUAUUCAGAUGAACAAUCUCAAUUGAUUCUUUUUUUUUUUUUUUUUAAUCUUUUCACAUGUGUUCAUCUUUUAUUGGAAAUAAACUUAGGCACUAAGCUCUACUUUCCAUACAAGUUCAUUAAGGAGUGAACAUUGUCUUUUUAAAAAAGAUACUGUGCUUUAAUGUUCUUUAGCCAUCUGUUAAAUUACUCUGUGUGUGUAUGUGUAUGUGCCCACAUUGGGCUUCUCAGACCUGUGGCUGUCUGCAAUGUCUCAGCCGUCAGAAUGAAAACAUUAUCAAUCAGUAUCCAACAACAGCUGGUUUUGACAAGCUUCUGUCUGCUGCCUAAUGCUUUACAACUUGUCAAUAAGACCUCUUUGUCUACCCGCUCUGAGCUGGCAAUCUUACUGCUUCCAUGUUGUGUCCUGUACUUGUACUUGUAUGAAAAAAAGUUAAAUCUUAGUGGGGAUUGAUAUUUUCUUGCUGUAUAAUGGUUCAUGUGUAUCUUAGCUUCUCACUUCCAAUGUGCUAUACAAAAAUCUGUGAUGUAUUAUUUCAUUUAAUUUCUUGCAUUUCAUUAUAUUUAUAGAAGUUGCAGAUUUUUGUACCAUGUUAGUUAAUACAGUUGCCUUUUUGUAAUGGCAAUUAAUUUAUAUUACAACAGUUUGUAUCUUUACGGUAGUCAAAAGUAUUAGUUAACUGCCAUAUUAUCUUGACUUUAUACUAAGAAUACAGUGUCUAUACACAGAAGUUGACCUAUUCAAGUGGACAACUGGUGACAUGAGGAACUUGUACUGUUUGUGAUUUAUACAUGAUUUCCAUUAUUAAAAAAAAAAAAAGAAAAUAAACACUGUGUAGAGUUGA